GUGCUUCGGUCGUGCGAUGAUGCAAACCCAUCCAAAUCCAUCGACUCACGCCACACACACCGGCGAUGUCGGUCAACUGUCAGUCAAUCAGGCUAGCCAGGCUAACUAUCAGCUUCAGUUCACAGCGUGUCAUACGUACGUACGUACAUGCGGCAGAGACAGCAAACUGGACUACUGCCUGUCUGUCGACGAGCUGCCGAGGACGACCGGCAACACACCACAAGAUGCAACGCACAGAUAGGGAGCCACCCAUGGAUGGCAUCUGACAUGCGUCCGCGUGUCUGCUGUCUUGUGUCUUGUGCUGUGCUGCGUGUGUGCGUGUGUGUCUCUCCCUCUCGUCUCUGGUCACUCCAGGUGAGUACAUUUCGGUUCAAAUUUUCCGAAGAAAACUCGGCUCUCGGCAGACGGCCGCUGCAAAGAUUCCAUCCUGUGUGCCACCAAGUGACCAUGCAGCCCAGGAGGGUUGAGGCCUCCCGAGGGUGUUCUGCUUUCGGGAGGCCUCAACGAUAUCGCAGGCUGGGACGUCAUUUAGACGCAUCAUCACCACACAGCGUCACUCACCAUAAAUAGACAGACGCAUUGACAUGAAUCGAUCUCUACACCCCCUCCCCUCACCCUUUCCUCCCCGCCCCGCUGGCUGCUGAUGCCGCUGCUUGAUACUGAGCCAACGCACGUUGAACAAGGAAGAGAGCGCGAAGUAAGCAAUGACCAUGCAAACCCCAGGGCAUCACAAUGAGCGAGAUCCCACCAAAAUACACCACACCAUCCAGUCAAUCCAUACAUGCGAACAAAACGGCAGACCUCCCCGUGUUGCUGCGGUUCGCUUUCCGUGUGUUGAUCUCGGUAACUCAUCCAUCUGCUUACUGAGGCACUUGUGAGUGAGCGCCUCCGGCUAUCUUGCACGCCCCUCACCAUGCCCCUGUGCGUUGCCGUGGCAGUGAAGAGUAUAGACAAGAGAGCUAUAUGCAACGGAAACCAUUCCAUUGAGUCCGGCCGUCCGUCGCUUCCUAUCCACACACGCACACAGUGUGACACGAAGCGACGCAGCCAUCUGAGAUGCACACACCAUUUCAUGUCAUGCGCCCGACCCACCCUUAUCUCUCUUGCCCGUCAUAGCAACCAUGUACGUAUGUAUAGCCUCCUUCUCUCCACCCCCCACCCAAUCAGUCAGUGAGUCGGUCAGUCUGUCAGUCAGUCAACGAGUCGCCUCAGCCCUGUUGCUGCGUCCAAUUCUGCCAUCCGUCGCCCACGGCCACGCCCCUCUGGUGAUCCGCCCAGCUGUGUUGCCCGUCGGCGGCAUCGGGUGCAUCAGGUACUGCGGUGGUUGGACUUGAUUUGGCAUCACCAUCCCUUGUGCUGGGGCUGGGUUUGGGGCGGGGAGCACCACGGCAGGGCCCGGUGGCCACGGCGGUUGCGGCAUGGCAGCAGUGGGGUGAGGCGUGAAGGGCGGCGGGCAGAUGUAGCUGGGUGUCUUAGGCCUCACUGAGGGUGCUAAGGAGGGCGGCGGGCGAAGGUGAGGGGCCUGGUAUGGCACAGGGGAGGGUGAGAAGCCGGGAGCAGCAGCAGCCACCGGUGCCGCCACCUGAGGCACAAACCGAUGCACACAUCGACGACGAACGACAUCUCCGGAAGCAUCAAAUACGUCUUGAUCCAUCUGCUUACAGAAGCGAUGUUGGCGACUCCAGAGCUACUGGUGGCCGAUCCAGGCACACCCGAUGUCGCGGCGAUGGCUGCCGUGGCCGCGCCAACUUGCUGUCUGAAGCUGGGCGGUUCAUCACACCUCUCGCCUCCACCUUCUUGGCCAGACACCUCGUCCACGGACGGCCGCACUGCACCGCCACUCUCACUUCCUGCACAGACACAUGGAAGGCUCAGACAGCCCAUCAACAGACAGACAGCCUUGUGCUCACCGGUGAUGUGGUCGUUGGCGGCAUUAAUAGCGAUCUGGGCCUCUGACAUGAGCAACUGCACGGGACUCUCCAUGGCACAUGAGAGCGAGUGAAAGUGACUGCAUGGAUGGACGAGGGAGCAAUGCACACACAUCACUGACCUGCUGUAUGUCGCGAGCUUUGAGCAGCAGACGAUAGCCGAAGCAACCCUCCGCCGGCUUCCUCCUCAAUGUGCCGAAUGUCUUGCCGUGUCGCUGCUGCAUCUCGCCUAACAACGCGUGGAUUGGGUCUUCAGGGCCACCGAUGCGGACCUCCGAUGCCCCACGGAGUUCCAACUCGAACUGCUGCAGGUCUCGCAGACGGCACAAGGCCUUCACACCGGCUAGGACAUCGGCAGCAGGAUAGACGGUACGAUCGGCAACUGUGUGGAAGCGGACAGAUGUGAUGAAGAAGAAGAAGAAGAAGAAGAGUGGCGCACUUGUUGUGUACCUGGCACAAACACUUCCGCGCUCUGUACUACGGGCAGGUGAGUCGGAUCAGCAGACUCGAGGGCGCGGAAACUAGGUGGAUCAAAGGAAAGUCGCAGCGUAUUGAGCGUCCGCCCGCCGCCCAUCGCCGUCAGCAACCCUGCUACAUCAGCCUUGUCCACUACCACCUCCUCCAGUGAGCUCAUGCCGAUCACCGCCGCCUUGGCCGCAGCCAUGCCCUGAUGGCCCCUGACCAACAGGUUCUUGACGCGGGGCAGAGACGCAGGGGGCAGUGGAUUGGGGGCGGGGGGUGGAAGGCCAAUGUCAAAACCCUCCAGACUCACGCUGCGUGGCACCCGGUCGCCGAUCGAUCUCAGCAUGUCGACGAUGUCAGGUGCAGCAGACGUGAUUUUCAGGUGAGUGAGUGCAGGCAUCCGGCUCGUGAGAUCCGCAGCUGCCUGGGGCCCCUGGAGACCGACGGGUCUUGCCCCCACAAACAGCCCUGUCGCAUUGGGGAAUGCCUGGGGGGAGAGGUGCUCGAGAGCGGGGAUGUAGGGAGGAGGGGCGUCCUCGGGGAUGUCCAGAUCCUCCGCCGCCAAGAUCACCACCUUCUUCACCUUCUCGAAUAUGAUGCUGGCUGCCGUCUGCUGCGCCCUCUUGGUGAGGGACCCCAUCACUUCGCUGCUGCCGUCGAUGAUGGCCUGCGUGACCUCCAGUGUGAUGGCGCCCCCCUUGCGGAGGGGGUCACCGAAUGGGGCGAUCGUCCCGGCUUCCUUCGCGAUGGCCUGGAGGGGCUUGGUGAGAGAGGGUGUGUCGAGCAGUGCCGGAUCGAGGAAUGUGUUGAGGCAGCCCACAGGCUCGGACAGGCGGCAGUCGAUGUCGACGGAGGGCGACGCGACUGCCUCGGCGAAGGCCUUGAGGGAAAGGAGCCAAUGACGCUCCCCUUGUCGAACGUCUCCGGCCCGGAAAGGCACGGUGCUGCGAACCCCGAGAUGGCGGAUGGACUGCUUGCAUCCGCGAGAAACCAACAACCUCUGAGGAGGAGACCGACACAACACAAUGAUGUGUGAGCUCUGCGGCGCCUUCCCUCUGGUUGCCUGAAGUUCUUCGAAGUCCUCCCUGGGUCCCAGGAAAACCGUCGACAGGUGCUCGAGCCCCGCCAGUGGCCCCCUCUCCCCACUCUCGCCCCCAGGCAUGUCGGCUAGGACAUCGAGCGUCGCGUUGCGCCAAAGCCCACCCACGGCCAGCCGCUUCAGGGACCGAGACGUCUUGAUCAGCUGCCGCAGAAAGUGGACGAAGUCGUCCGUCGCGAGCCUGAAGGUUCCUCCCGUGGUCACGACCUCCAGUUGAGGCAUCACCCACCCCCGUUCGAGCAUCUUGUGGGGUUCGAGCAUCUCGUGAUCUUCACGAACACGAAGACCGGUGAUGCUCUUGAGGGACGGCAGCUGGAGACGGGGAGAGGGGCGGCUUAGAUAAUCAUGAUGCGGGGGCCGGGAUGGAUACACAUGGCUGGCACGGCCGUCGGUCGGGCAGCUGAAGUGGAUGGACUCGAUGGAGCUCUCUCCCUCCCGCGCCACCCGGCGGCCCGCAGCAUGGCCCUCCACAAUGGCCGUCAAUGUGUUCACGCACCAUUCCGGAUGGGUGUGUGGCUGCGCCACGUGAGCGGACGUCAGGCUGGUCAGCCGUCUGCCGAGCUUGAACGCUUCCUGUGUGGUGGUGCUGGCCCAGAACUGACACUCGCCGGGGGUGGAUGCGUCGAUGGUGAUGUUUGUGUGCUGCCGGACGGCUCCAUUGCGGACAAGGGAGCGGUGUGGGAAGAGGGCGGACAGCCCGCAAGGGGUCAUGAAGCUUAACAGCGAUGCCAACUCGUCAUUGCCGAGACGGUCAACGGCCUGACAGGGAGAGGGAAAGCAACGAUGAAGGGUGAACAGACCGGAGAAAGGGGUGGCAUCCGUGUGCUGUGUGUAGGGUAUGUGUACCUUCUUGCUGCCGUAGUGUGUUUCCUUGAGCGGCUUCCUUGAGCGGAGAUAACGGAAGCCGUCACACACCUGCACUCAGACAGAAUGGGCACAUGAGUGGACCAACGAGGCAGUUAGCUUCUCGUACGUAAGCUCACCGCGUGUGGCGUCAGCUCUGUGGGUGGAAUGGUCUUGGUCGGCACAGUGACUUUGAAGUCCUCCCCGCCGCCCACCUCCCGGAAGUACACCGUCCUCCCAUCGAUGCGGUAGACGUCCGCCUUGACCCACUCCUGCUCGCCUUCGUCACGCUUCUCCGUCACCACCCACACACGACUGCCCUUCUGGUCACCACAGGGCCCACGGCAUGGCGCCACCUGAUGAAACGAACAAAGGAGGCAGACCUCAGCAACGAAUGAGUCUGGGUGUCUGGGUGGCCCACAUACAUGCGGUGCUGGUGCCGCUGCUGCAGCUGGUGACGACGAUGAUGACUGUGCAGCUUGAGCCGCCAUCACUGUCACCGAGGCUGAAGGCAAAGCACAUGUGUGAUGGUGUGAUGGCAGCGGGUGUUGCUCACCAGGCGAUGUGACGAUGGGUAGGUGUAGGCCGCCUCCGUCUGGCCACUCAUCUGUACGCGAGGGAGCCGGGGCGCCAGUUGAGGCGGGCGGACAAGGAGAUGAGGUGACGCAAUCGCAUUUCCUCAAAUCCUUUGCAGAAUUGCACCUACCGACCUGUUCUACGGUGCCCACUGGCCUCCUCUCUUUCGACAGCUACAGAAUGUUUAGUAUGGAGGCCGGAUCGUGGAAGCUGAGCGAGCAACUUGAAGGAAGCCACACCCCGCGAGCAACACUAUCCUUCCCUGGAAGCUGCUGCUCGGCAGCAAGCAUCGAUUCAGCAGCCGGCAUCCAUAGGAGCAGAUGGGUUCGACCGGCAGGCGCAUCGUCAGAUGCUCAAGCCCCGCCAAGUGAUUGAUGUGUUCAUCGAAAGUCCAGGUCGAGUCUGUUGGUCCAGGUCGAUGUAAUGAACUGCGUCAACAUCGACCAACAUGCCAGCACCAUCCUCAGCGCCCGCCUGGCGCGUAUCUUCUAGCGGCGCCGCCCACCCUGCACACACAUACUCGCACUACGCGCCAACGCAACAGACAGACGAGCACGAACCCACCCCAUCACCUGGCCGUACGACUUGCCUGCCCACGCAGCCCGAAAGUCCAGGUCGCCUUACAUUCACACUGGGACGACAGUGCGCUGUCACCGGCAGCUAUGAAGAAUGAAGGACCACACACACACACACACGAGGGUAAAGGCCAAGAACACAUAUAUAGAGAGCCAAGUUGUCACGCCAAUACUCAAAUGGCUGCCGCCGACGGCCGGGAUGGGAAAAGGAGAGCGAUGCCGAGUACAAAGGCGAUCUUCAUGGCGUGACGAUGGCACAAUGUCAUCUGUCAUCUGGGGGGCGCGCAGGACACAAGCGAUGAAUGACGCUACCAAGUCAGUGCUGUCUGUCUGUCAGUGAGUCAGUGGGUGAGGUCAGCUACUCACUUAUAUCCACCCACCAUAAACACACUGCAUUCAGGUAAGGUAGGUGGUGUGUGAGUGGGAUCAGAUGAGUGUAGUGCAUGGCCAUUCAGACAGUCAGCCCGUCCGUGUGUGGUGUGUGUAUGUGUGUGUGCCUACACAUUAAAACACCUGGCUGGUGAAACAAACAGGAGGAAGUGUUCUCCUCUCUCGGUGCACGCCUGGCUAGAACAGGUCAGGUCAGGUCAGGUCAGGGGGAAAAACAAAGACAGGAAAACUGCAUGAAAAGUCAUUCACAAAUAAGUCAGUCACGCAACCAGAAAGUACCCACCAGAAAGUGCCAAUGUCUACACCGACACUCCGACAUGAUGGUGUGCUUACACACCAUUGCCCCUCCCCGCAAUCCACCCCCUCCUCACGCUCGCACGCACUCGCCCAGAGGAAGUACCAGAAAGUAUCUAUCGUCUGUCAGAGAAGUGCCGUACGCAUACACCCCGACACGCCCGCUCAUCCUUUAUCAAUCUCUGCCGGCCGAAAGAGCUCACAAGUGCGCAGACCGGCUGGCCCAGCGGCCCCAUGCACCACACCCACAGUACACCGUCACAGACAUGAUGCACGCCACCACGCUCCACUCUCUCCAAGGUGACCGGCCGGCGCGCCACAAACGGCGCUCACCCGACGGCUCCAGCUCGUCCAGCGACACAGACGGACGGGCGCGGGGAACCUU